AUGCCUUCAUCCAAUAUCCAUCCCCACUCUUGUGUCCACAGCAGUCACCCGCCUGAUAUGCAGCGCGCUUGGCGUGUUCCACUAGAGCUGCUCUGGUUAGUGGGUCGGCGAUGGUAACUGUUGUACUGUAGCAACUGAGAGAUGGUAAGACCAGCUUGAGACUUGCUUAAAGUGCUAGCUUGUAUUUCAGUGUAAGGACCAUAAAGAAUCGAAUUGACGAGAGAUACCAGUGAUGGUGGAACCUAACGGAGUUCGCUUCAAAAGAUCCGUAAAAUGUGUAUUUCUGUGUGAACAUUUCUUUACGCACAAUGCGUACGGCAACUAAAAAUUUCGGUUUAAAGAAAAAUCGUCCCCUAAAAUUCAAACAGAGUUUUGUAAAGCAUAGAGAAAUCCAUUUGAGACAUUUCUUACCCUUUCGAAAAAAUUGUUCGUUAGGUACCCCUGUGUCGUCCUUGUGAUCUUUUUUCUGCAGCGCGUUGGCAAGAUCAUUUUUCAGUGAAGGCCAAGGUCCUUGUGUUGUAGUGCGAAUACGUUCAGGUGUGUUUUCGCUAAGUUCUUUCAAAUGGGACGUAUACUUAAUUAUCAACAAGUUCGGCAAGUCUGAAAACUGGGAGCUCUGCACUACUUCUCACGUGACUUUUCAAUAAUGGAAACCAGCUCCGCGAGCGCGAUACCCUCUAGUCGUCGAGGACGUGUCCCAUCUUCUUCGCCUUCCUCUUUGACUCUCUCAGCCUUUUUAUAUAGUGAUGCUAAACAUGGGGCGUGAUAUUUAGGUCUCUAGUGCUACCAAUUAUAAGUCGCCUGCUCUCAACUUCGCCAAAAGCUUUUCAUUUUGCAAUGCCGUUGCCGACUUCCUGACGCGAGCAUCUAAACCAAAUGUUAAGACAUCGUGAAAGGGGUUAUUACGUGUACUCUCCACGAAAAAGCAUGUACCGUCACUAUUGAGAGAUGCAGGCGAAGCUGACAGUGUAUACUUUCCAACAACCGCUCGUUUCAACUUCGUAGAGAUCAUAGCAACUUUUGUGACAGCGCCCUUGGCACCUUACGAACGUGUUCUCUAAUCCGUCACCUUCAUCUAGCCAUGAAAGAUCUAUCUGUAUAGGCAACAAAUCGAGAUCCCUAAACUUUGCUAUAUUCCCAGUCAAGGUCUUGUAACCUGAUAAAACAUCACACAAGCGUUUGGAAUCAGCGGGACACCGUAAAGGCUCUACUUUGUUUUGCUGGCAAAUGGCACAUUGAGUCCAGUAGGUCUUCCAAUAGCAUCGGUGUUAUCUGUUUAUCCCCAGGGCUACUGCCACUUUUCAGCAUUUCUUUAGGAAUAAUUUAAAUUUCUGAUGUCAAGAAAAUGGACAAUUAACAAUUACUCCACGAGUGCGCGUUGGAUAUGAGAUGGUAGAUAGCAAGCGAGGCGCGUAGUGCCAAGUUGGCUAUAAUCAUCUCAUAUCCAACAAUCGCGAGUUUUUCAUUUUGAGCAGACGCUUACAGUUAACAUAUUUGGAGAGCAUGGUAUAAUGGCUCACCAUGAUGGCUAAGCCAAACAUAACUCUAGAAAUGCAUAAUCUGAUGAUUCAGUUUUUGAUAAAUAAGGUAUAUACUCAGUUUCCAUUGCAAUACUGGAUUGGUACAAAUCGAGCUCACUAAAAGUAAAAUGACAACAACAACAACAACAACAACAACAAAAAUACCCAGUAGUACAACCUCAAACAUUGUUAAUUUGGUUGACUGGGGCUCUAUGUUAACUUGAUUAAAUACUUAUUUUAUUUUAUUUGUUUGUACUUUUACAUCAGUUGACUAAAAAUUUUACCAAAAUGACUCAAUUGAAAAAAGAAACUUAAAGCAUCGAUACCAUUUGGAGCACUCUUCUCAGGUUACUUCAAAUCCAAUACCAAAACUCACUUACUAGUCUCCUCAUGAGUCUCCCGCUAAGUCAAACUGUUAUUUUUUUUUUCUUUAAAUCAUUAGUGUGAGUCUACCGGAAAAUAUUUUUUACAGGGCAUGUACUGACACUCAAACAGAUCUCUUACAAUUUUUUUAAGCUCUACACUACAUUAACUAAUCUUUCUAGCUAACUCCUAUCUGCCUAUACGUCAUUGUGACAAAUUCCUGCGUUCUAAAACAUGCAAGUCUAACCCCACAAAUGGUAAAAAUGUGAAUGUCAUUAGACCUUUUGCAUUAUGGGUAAUUUAACUGAGACAAUCAUCAGCUAUUUCAAGUUUUGGGUUAUUUUAAGUAACAUUACCAGAAAUCAAGAUUUUAAAAGUAGCAAGAACCGUCAUUCCGGACCAGCCCUAUGCGUUGUGAGAGGGGCUCAACGAGGGUCUCAAUGGGGUGGUGGCUUUUACGGUUAUCGGCUAAAAUUUUGGCUCUUUUACGGCUAUCGGUUAAUUUUUUGCAGUUACGGUUAACAAAAAAGUUAAAAAUUAAUUUCUUUUGUUUCAAAGAGUUAAAUAUUAAUUAACCUGUAUUUUUUGUAUCUUUAAAGCAAAAUAAAGGCCUUCGGAUCAUCUCGGGAUAAAUAAGCUAUUCUAUUGAAAAAUUUUCACUUUUGAUAGAUCAAUAUACUUUUAUAAAGUAUUCCACUUCUAAUAUUAUUUUAAACAUAGAAAUGCCAAUAGUGAGCAGACACGCGAACGCCCAACUCAAGGCCAGGGCGCGACAUUCCACACUAGAGACGGCUUAUUCGUGUGAGACGGCCGCGGGUUACCCGUUUGAUGAUUCGCGUCAAAUAGAUAAUACGUCUCAAUUUGAAAAUGGAAUAGUUUUAAUUUUGAAAUGAACAAUCCCCCUGACUUUAUCCGUCAAUUUUGAAGUACGGAAGAUGGAUUAUCCGUUACAGAUAGCCUGUGUACAGCCGCAACCUCCCCGCAGAAAAAAUCGGAGAAGGGGUGUCUAACGCUGUGGAGGAGGGGGCGACUGUACACAGGCUAGUAUGGAUAAUCCCUUUCUAGCUGUCCUGUGAAAACGGCCAAUAACAAAAUUCCCGUGUCCAGUGUUUUUAAUGAUAGCGAAGGACUGUACAAAACGACUGCCUGUCGUUGCCUUGUCCGUAGACCUCAUUAUUCCGCGCGGCUAAUGCGUUUCGGGUCACGUGGUCCGAGCGAGUUCGCCACCGAAAUGCCUUGACCGAGAUUGCGUGGGAAGACGCCGUAUAUGUAGGGACUAGGCAUGGCAAUGUCUACCGUAGCGUCAGAGAAAAACAGGAAAAUGUUGUUUAUCGGCAACGUGUUUUACAAACAGCUGUGCGUGUUGUUUCACUAAUGUUUCGAGGGCGCGACCUUCUGAAAAUCGCAAAUAUUAAUUCCCAGCAAGAAGCCCUCUUUCGCUAUAGGAAAAAUUAGUUCCCCGAGAUAGCGGAGGAAAUGGAGCCUAGGUCUUGGUCAACAUCUAAAAGGCUUUUCGCCUAACGUGCGUACGGAGUCAAAGUAGCCGGAAAAUAAAAUAUGCAACCAUAAGCGAGUUAAGCACCUUCCUUAAAAUUAACAAAUCUAGGGGACAAUUUCUUUUACGGUUAACUCUUUUUUACCCAAUUUACGGCUAACGGUUAAAAUUUUUCAAUUUUUACGGCUAUCGACUAAAUUUUAGGCCGUUUUACGCCUAUCGGUUAACCCCAUUGAGACCCUCUUUAAAUAAAAUCCGCAUAACUCGCAAGAACAAUCUCACAACAGUAUCAUGUAAACGCGAGACGACUACACGUUUCGGUGUGAAAUUGGUCUGCCGGUAGAUUGGAACGGAUAGCGCAUGCGUAAUGUUUGUGAUUUUGAAUUACACGCGUAUUUUGUCAACAUGAAGUGUACCUUCAAUUAGCGAGAUAUGACAUGACCCAGUCAUCAUGGACACGCGAUACGGAAUCUAAAAGUCAUCCCGGUGUGAAACUCGCGCCGGUGCGAGUUUUCUCUUGUAAACACCCCCAAAGUCAAGAUAUUCCGGGACAAAAAUUAGUGCAGGUUUUUUUUUGUUGUUGUUAAUGUUCUAUAGGAAAACUUGGUGAGUUGAUUAUGUUUUAAUUAUUAUAAUUAUUAUUAUCAGCUGGAUAGGAAUAUUCUAGCGCUGAUGAGGCCUAGGGACUAGGCAAGGCCAGACCCGUCCCUUGAAGCAAGGCGCGAAUAUGCUUCGUCUGUCAAAGUAACGAAGCCCCAUGUUGAACAAAUUGUAUCUCAGUCACAUCAGUUACCAGAAGAUUCCCUCACAAAAUUAGCAAAACCAGAAGUAAGAAGUGAAAGAUUAAAGGAACUCGAACACAGGGCAGAGAGGAUUAAGGAGAUGGCACCAAGAAAGACUCAGGGAGUACAAGAUCUGGUGCUUCCCCGCCAGGAUUUGGGCUUUAACCUGAAUAAGAGGAGUUUCGUGAUGCUGUUAAACUUCGCUACGACUGGCCAGUAGCAGAUAUCCCCUCCACAUGUGCUUUUGGGGAAGCCUUAUCGGUUGAUCACUUUAUGAUUUGCAAACUAGGAGGUUUUAUUACUCAACGCCACAACGAGCUAAGAGAUCUCGAAGCUGAAUUUCUGAGUAUGGUGUGUAGCGAUGUCGAGAUCGAGCAAGCCCUUCAAGACAUCUCCGGCGAACAUCUCAACCGAGGAUCUAAUAAAGCUCAGGAUGCGAGGUUAGAUAUCCACGCACGUGGUUUCUGGGAAAGCCAUCAAUCGGUAUUCUUCGAAGUGAGGGUCUGUCACCCCAGUAAUGCUGUAUCAUAUAGGGACCAAAUUUAUCGUAUCCAUGAGAACGAGAAAACUGAAGCAUCUCUAGCCAAGGAGAGUUCUGGACAUCGAGCACGGAACUUUUGCACCUUUGGUCUUCACCACAACUGGAGGAAUGGGAAAGGAGUGCUUGAUGUAUCAUAG